AUGCCCGAAAGACCCUCCUGUCCCGCUUGGGCUCCCGCACCUGCAGAGCAGCCGUCGACUGCUGCCGCGGGUGCCACUGAUCUGCCGCAGAAUUUUGCUACCCUCGAGGCCGAUGACGCCAAUGACAAUAGUGAUGUGGAUUCUGUGAUUACUACGGGAAAUCUCAGCGAGACUACCUCCGUAGCCUCGAGCAUCUACAGGUUCCGUGUUGAGAAUGGGCGGACGUACCACGCUUAUAAGGCCAACGAGAACGAUUACUUCCUCCCCAACGACGAGCGUGAGAACGAGCGCCUUGAUCUCCAGCAUGCUAUCACCCUCAAGGUGCAGCACAACAAGUUGUACAUCUGCCCUGCGGGCAAGGACAAGCCGUUGCGCCGCGUGCUGGAUGUUGGGUGUGGUACGGGCAUCUGGUCGCUUGACUUUGGUGAUGAACACCCCGAAACCUCUGUCGUCGGUGUUGACCUCUCCCCCAUCCAGCCUUCUUUCGUUCCCCCCAACGUAGAAUUCUUCAUCGACGAUGUUCAAUCCCCCUGGACCUACAGCUCGCCGUUCGACUUCAUCUACAUGCGCUACCUGACCGGCUCCAUCCGCAACUGGCCUGCCUUACUCCAGCAAGCCUACGAACAUACUUCGCCCGGCGGCUGGAUCGAGAUCUGCGACCCGGUAAAUCCCUGCAUCAGUGACGACGGGACUCUAACAGAAGACUCGGCGCUGCUGAAGUGGAAUCGGUUGUUGGUGGAGGGAAGUAAUAAGCUUGGCGCUAGCAUGGAGGCAAUACAUAACAUGAAACGAUGGGUCGAGGAGACCGGAUAUGUGAAUGUGACAAAGGUGGAGUAUAAGUGGCCUAUCAAUGGGUGGCCGAAGGAUCAGCAUUUUAAGGAAGUUGGCCUCUGGUCCUACGAAGCCAUCUCCUCCGGCCUGCAGGCGCUCAGCCUGUUCCUGUUCACUAAGGUGCUGGGCUGGUCGGUCGAAGAGGUGGAGACGUUCCUGGUGGAUGUGAGGAAGGAUUUGAAGAAUAAGAAUAUCCAUGCUUACUGGCCUGUAUAUGUCAUCUACGGCCAGAAGCCGGAGUAA